GCAAAAGCACCUACACUUUCUGUAGGCUGCCACGAAUCAACGCAGCCCUCGGCCGUGGGCGCCGAAUAAUGCCUCAUCCAUUCCGGAGUUCCAGCCGUUUCGCCGAGUCAGAGAACCUUCAUAAACAUCCGCUAGACAGUCAAUCAAUGUACAAUGCUCAUCUGUGCGUUCUAGGCUGACAUAAAAGACGAUAUUGUCCCCAUUUCGUACAAAAAUGUCCGAGUCUUCAAUAACAAACCACCCGGCGCCAGACCGGACGACUUUCUCGGCCCAAGACACCGUGCGGUACAUCUGGCAAGGACUCGGCCUUCCGGAUGAAGCGCUCCAGUCGCUUCAGAUAAGUGGCGACGAGAAAUGCCUCCCGUCGUCUUUCAAGAUCGCAGAUCUAGCCCAGGCAUCCAUCGGAUUAUCCGCCUUGCUUGCGGCACUGAUUCACGCCCGGCGGAAUUCCAUCCCGACUCCGAUCGUAAGCGUCCCGCGCCAGCAUGCAGCCAUCGAGUUCAAUUCGGAGAAGCUCUAUACGGUAGCAGGCCAGCCAGUUCCGUCCGUAUGGGGACCUAUUGGGGGUUUGCACAAAUCAGCGGAUGGGUAUGUUCGCGUGCACGAUAACUUCUUGCACCAUCGCCACGGCACGGCGGCUCUACUAGGAUGUUCGCCUGAUGCCGAUCGCCCGGAAGUCGCCGCCAAGAUCGCGGGCUGGCGAUCGACGGACCUCGAGUCGGCUGGAAUCAAUUCUAACCUGGUGAUCGCGGCGCUCCGGAGUUAUUCGGAAUGGGACGCCCUGCCGCAAGCUCAGGCCGUGUCCGACUUCCCUAUCCUCCUGCGUCGUAUUGGGGAUGCCCCGGUUGGGUUGCCGCGGGAGAUGCGUGAAGCGAAUGCCGACAAAUGUCUUCGGGGCCUGCGUGUGCUUGAACUGUCGCGGGUCAUCGCAGCCCCUGUGUCGGGAAGGACGCUGGCUGCCCACGGUGCGGACGUGCUCUGGGUGACAAGUCCGAAUCUACCGGACCUGCCCUCGCUGGACCGGGACUGUGGUCGGGGGAAAAGAACGGUCCAGGUGGACCUGUUAACCCCAGAGGGUCAGAAAGAGCUCGAUGCCCUUCUUGACGGUGCCCAUGUUUUCGUGCAAGGCUAUCGGCCAGGAAGCCUUGCGUCCCGCGGCCUGUCGUCGGACACGCUGGCCCAGAAGUUCUCUCACCGGGGAAUCAUCUGCGCAAAUAUGUCAGCAUACGGACCGACAGGGCCCUGGGCCAACAACCGAGGGUUUGAUUCGCUGGUCCAGACGUGCUCUGGGAUGAACGUUUCCGAGGCCGAGCAUUACGGUGCCGGGGAGCCUGCUCGCGCGAUGCCAUGUCAAGCCCUAGACCAUGCUGCGGGCUAUUUCCUCGCGUCCGGCAUUCAGGCUGCGCUUUAUAAGCAAGCGACCGAGGGCGGAUCCUGGGAAGUCAACGUGUCUCUGGCCGGUGUGAUGAAGUAUCUGCGAUCGCUGGGACAGUUUGACGGGAAGGACGGCUUCGGCUCGCGGGGCUAUAACCAGAUUACCGACGUCCCCGAGGAGUAUUUGGAAAUAACGGAAACCGGCUUUGGGCAGAUGAAGGCUGUGCGACAUUCUGCCAAGGUCCAGGGCACCGAGAUUGGGUGGGAUAUCACGCCCAAUCCACUAGGUUCAGACGACAAGAAAUGGUUGGAAGUAACGAGAGAGUAAAUGUGUCUAUAGCGAACGUUCAAGACCAAUAGCCGGGAAGAAACCCAAGGUAGAAAGUCGAAACUCCCCAAACAAGCAACCAAUGGAGGGAUUUGAAGAACAGUAAUCAGAUGGCUGAAAGUGAAACGAUACAAAUAGAUAGGUAUAUACAAUCGACGGAAACCUCCUCAAAAGAAAGGAGGGAGGUAGAAUAUGGACAUGACUAUGA